GUUAGGGAGACGAGGGGAAGAAGAGGGAAAGAAACUGAAAGCAGCAGAGAAAAGAAAAAACAAUGGAGGGAGGCGGAAGCGGCGGCGGCGUUAGGCUUCACGUCGGAGGAUUAGGAGAGAGCGUCGGGAGAGACGAUCUUCUCAAGAUCUUCUCUCCGAUGGGCUCCGUCGAAGCUAUCGAAUUCGUCAGGACAAAAGGUCGCUCCUUUGCUUACAUCGACUUCUCUCCCGCCUCGGAGAACUCACUCACCAAGCUCUUCUCCACGUACAAUGGAUGCAAGUGGAAAGGAGGGAAGCUGCGGCUGGAGAAAGCGAAAGAGCAUUACAUGGCUCGAUUGAAGAGGGAAUGGGCUGAGUCAGCUUCUGUUCCCACUGAUGAGACUGUUAAAGCUCCCGACAAGUCAUCAGCUCCUUCCACUCACCUUAACAUCUUCUUUCCCAGACUCAGAAAGGUGAAAGCUAUGCCAUUAAGUGGAACUGGUAAACAUAAGUAUAGUUUCCAGCGUGUUGCGGUGCCGUCUCUUCUUCCCAAGACCUUUUGUGAUUGUGAAGAGCAUUCUGCUUCUCUCACUCCUCGGGAGACUCAUGCUCGUGAUCUUGAAGCGAUUAAUGUGGGGAUUAACGAAGAAGAGGUGAAUAUUAUGAACUCUGUGAUGAAUAAGCUUCUUCAGAGAGAUGACAGCAUCAUCAUCAAUGAGAAAGAUGACAGCUUCGUCAAUGAGAACGAUGAGAUCAUCGUAGAUACCAAAGAUAACAUCGUCAUCAAUGUGGUAUCUAAUGGGAAGGACAUGAUGGACACUGAGCUGGAUAUCUUAUCAAGAAAACGGAAAUCAAUGCUCGAUCAAACACCAGCUGGUGAGGGAGCAAAGGGGAAACCCAUUCAUCCAAACAAAAAGAGGCAAUCAAUCAUCCCAGAGGGAAGUGGAAGACAGGAAGCUUCACUUGCCAUACGUGAAAAGAAGAAGCCUUCUGAAGUGGAUCCGGAUGAACCAAGCAGAACAACAGGUGUCAAGAGGUCGACUGACAAUAUUUCCUGGUCCCAAAAGUCUUCCUGGAAAGCACUUGUGGCCAAUGGAACCAGCAGUAAUUUUAGCGUAUCAAGUUUCUUGCCUGAUUUUAGCUCCAGUAAAGCAGUACAACCUGCAUCAGACACUGACGUUGAAGGUUCAGACCACACAGAGUCAGAAGAUACUCACGUUGAAGGCUCAGAGCACUCAGAGUCAGAAGAGUCUGACGUUGAAGGUUCAGAGCCAGAAGAGUCUGACGUUGAAGGUUCAGAGCACUCAGAGCCAGAUGAUAAUGACGUUGAAGGUUCAGAGCACUCAGAGCCAGAAGAUGCUGACGUUGUAGGUUCAGACCACUCAGAGCCAGAAGAUGCUGACGUUGAAGGUUCAGACCUCUCAGAGCCAGAAGAUGCUGAAGGUUCAGACCACUCAGAGCCAGAAGAUACUGACCUUGUAGGUUCAGACCACUCAGAGCCAGAAGAUACUGACCUUGUAGGUUCAGACCACUCAGAGCCAGAAGAUACUGUUGUUGCUGACAUAAGCGUGGAUGCUGAAACGGUUGAACUUGCAGCAAGUACCGAGGGCGAUGGUGAGGAUAGAAGUCUGAACGUGGAAAAGGAUGAGAACUUAGCCGAGGAUUCGGAUGCAGAAAAGGAAAGCUCAGAGGAUAGUGUGGAUCAUGAUGUGGACGAAGAAGAGACAGAGAGAGGAGAGUUGGAAGGCUGUAAGAAGUCAGCAGGAGGUUCAUUAUGGCUUCAGAAGGCUUCUUGGACUCAGCUGGUUAGGGACCAGAAUGCUUCAUUCAGUAUUACUCAACUCUUCCCGGGUUCAGCUUCUGACAAGAGUGAAGCGGUUAGCGUGAGCGACAGUGGAGAUGGCCAGUUCUCCAACUCUAACCAGAGUGGAACUGGAAUGAAACAAAGGGACGACUCGUAUAGCACGAAUGGUGUUGAGGCUGCGGUAGUCCACGGGGCUAGCAGUAGUACCGCUCUGAGAAAUUUAAAGGAGAAUGAGCAGAUUGUGAAGGCAAAGAAUGCGAGUGGGGGAAGUAGAUUGGGUGCGAAGAAGCCGAUUAGGAGAGAGAUUGGGUCAGGGGAGACUUGCGCUUUUAUGAGAAGCGAGACUUCUGUGAAUGAGUGGAAAAGGGCUAAGAAGGCAUUGGGUGAGCCUGGAAGAAAGAAGAAAAGUGAAGAAUGAGUUGGGACUGUUAACAGAUUUAUCGGUUCUUCAAACUAUGUAUUCUUCUGCAGUUUUGUUCUCUUUAUACAUUUUGUUUUCUUUUUAAAGUUUUAAUAGAUUUUGUUUUUAAUUUAA